AUGUCUUGGCCGCGAAGAAGCUCUCAAAGGGCUCCCCCCCUAAAAGACGAUCCCCGCACCUCAACAGUUAUGCAGGAUGAGCCAGGAAGCAUCGCUCUGGUUACGGAGAAAAACCAAGAACUUUCGGAGGAAUAUCAAAGGUUGCUUGAUGAUUACCAACAAAUGAAAGUUAACUACGAAAUUGUGGAAGGAAAGUACCAGGAUACGCAGAAAGAAAAUGUGAAAGUUAAGAGGCACAUGGAGUUAAACGAGGAGAAGUUUAACAGAGAAAAGACUGGUCUGGUGAAGCAGAAGGAUGAUCUUAAUGCUCAAAACGAAAAACUACGCAAAGAGCUUCGAGAAAAGAGCAGCAAGGUAUGCAUAAAUUCCCGGGAGGGUGGUCAUCAUAAUGGCCUAUACGGGAGGCUCCGCCCGAAGAGGGUACCUUCCCCCCCCCCCCCCCCCCCCCCCCCCCCACCCCCCACCACUCACCCCUUUCCCUCAACACCACCCCUUUUUAUACGAAUACACACCCCAACGGCCCCAAAACAAUCAAAACACAAGCACGCUAGCCGAGCAGGCAAGCAAAUUAUUGUUUGUGGGCCGCGGAGCGCGGGGGGGGGGUGGAUAUUAAGAAGCAGCACGGGGGAGCGCAGGGGGGGCGGGAGGCGCGGGGGGGCGCCUUAGCGUAGAUAAUUCCUAGGUGAAAUAGGGGUCGCGAAAUAAGAGAUGAGAGACGCGUAGUUUAACACAGAAACAGAAACAGAGAAAAAAUCAGAAAAAAGAGAAGUGAAGAGAAGCAUUACCCGGGGGGGGUUUCGUGAAGACGAACAAACACGAGUCGCCACCCCGAAGAAAUUGCCUUCCCCCCCCCCCCCCCCACCCCGCCUCAGAUUUGUGAAGAAAUUCUCAUUUAAUGCAAGCGAAAUUAUUUCGGUAAGACUUCAUACCCCGAGGUCCCUAUAAUGAUCUAUAGAGGGAGGCUUUACCGGAAAAGGGUACUUUUUUCAGGCUUCGGGUAUAUGAAAGGGUAGGGAUUUUACCAGCUGAAGUAUACGAAAGGUUAAGAAAAUCUGUCAUUUCAGUCUUUAAAAAAAAAACCAAAAGAGCUAAUAGGUGCAUUCACGGCUGUGAAAAAGUUGAAACAAUGUUCUGGUUUUUUGGUUUAUUGACAUUUUUAAAGACAUUGCAGUUACAGCAGUUUAAAGGGAUACUAAGUUCUAAACUAGGUAUGUGAAAGGGGUCUUAUUUGUCAAAAAAAGGUAUGGGAAAGGACUGCAUUUUCGGCCCAAAAUGGUAUAUAAAAGGGUAAAGGGGUGGAUCUCGGGGCGAAGUCUCCCCGUAUAAAGCUUUGCUGAGUACCUCCGGGCAUACAUUGUACUGUUAACUAUCAACAAUAGCAAUACAAAUAAUUUUAAGACGAGAUAUGAACCCACAAGCUGAAAUAAGUCACUGCAAGAAAGAAGGCUAUUAUUCUCUGCUGGUCACAUAGCUUGCUAGAAAGCUUUCCAUUGAUGGAGAGCGAAGCCCCUGGCACUCUCGUCUCCUUUCGCGUGCUUCUCUCGCGUGCGUUCUCGCAACUCCCCCAAAUGGAGAGCUUGCUCGCAGGCUACUGGUCACAGGGUGAGGAUAGAAAAGUUAUUUAUACGGCUUUUUUAGCCAUCUAAGUGGCUCCACAAUCUAAUCCUACGUUUAGCCAUCAGGACUAAAUUGUUACCGUGGUGCUGAAAUUGGAUCUUCAAAAUUUACUGACGUUUAAUAUAAUGUUGGGAACUCUCGAUCGAAAGAGAGAAGAGGCUCUUCUUCUCUUCCCCUAGCCUCCCAAGCAGACGUUCUUAGGGGUUCGUCACGCGUUCAGGGCAGGAGCGCGUGACGAACCCCUAAGAACGUCUGCGUGGGAGGCUAUUCUUCCCCCUAACUAUCCUCCCCUGAGCGACUUAUUUGUUCCCGCUCCCCAACCCCCUAACAACUAAAAGAGGCCGCUGCGGAAGAGAAAGUGUGUACUAGCUGUCAAGUACAGCCGCCUCUUAUGACUCUCUUAUCGCUUCUAGUCGCUGCCCUUGGGGGGGUGGGGUGGGGUGGGGUGGGAGGUGGGAGCUUCGGGUAACGUCUUCACGAUGAAAGGGCUACUAUGAAGAAUACUUUUCAUAGUAAUUGGUGUCACCCUCUUAAAAUAAAGGUUAUUCAGUCGAGCUGUAUUUGCAGGGGAGCUUCGUAGUCAUAAACCAGCCCUUAUAAGUCAGAUUAAAAUACUUUAUUUUAUCCGUUUUGAAAUCAUUGGUGAUCCUCGCAAUCUGAUUGGCUCUUAGCAGUGUGAUUUAUUCACGAAUCAUACUAUUUUUUUCCUAUAAAUCAUAUCUGUUCUAAACCGUGUAAAUCAUGUUCCAUUUUUGCUCUCUAUCGCAUCGUUUCAGUUUCGAAUACAAAAUGCGAUGCAAAAGCCUUUUUGUUUCGACUUUUCAACAAAUUGGCUACUUGAACGAUAAAAUAUUGGUACUGACUAAAUUCUGCGAUUUCGAAAUAGCUAAAAUAAAGUGGUAAUUGAACUUCGUGUCGUGCAAUUUUGGUCUGAAAUCAUACUUGUGAUUUAAAAUUUGAAAUAACGCAUACGAUUUUACAUUAAAUUGCACCCCAUUCAUUUCAAUUACCGUUAUUAAUCUUGUUUCAAUCUCUAGGUCGGAGAUUUGCAGAGGGUGCUGGUUGAUACGGAAAAGAAAUCAGACGCGCGGAAGGAGGAACUUCAGUCAAAGACCAAGCAAUGCGAGAAGCUGGAAAACAUCAUCAAUGAUCUUCAGAACAAGGUAAGGACGCAUCUUCACACCUUAAGCUUGCGUUGUUUUAGUGUGAAGAAGGAAGGGAAUAGCCUUGACCAACCCUCUAUUUCCUCUUAACAGAACUCGUUGAGCGCGCGAAUGAAAAUGAAAAACCGAGGGGGAUUCAUUUACAACUAACGCAAGUGGCUUGGGGUGGGUAAAAGAGAAAACAGAUAUGUUUCUAUCUUCGUGUUCGCAAAUUCGUCGAAAAAAAUUACCUUGCGUCGCAGUGGCACAAUCGACUAAUCCCUCAAUUUAGAGUCUGAUACGACGGGUCACACACAAGACGGUUCAAAUCCUGGGCAAGCCAGAAAUAAUUAUUAUUUAUUUUUUAUUUCUUCCAGAAGUAAUACUUAUUCAUAAUUAUUUCUUUCCCUGAAAGAACAAACUAAUUCCGAAGCAACUUCGGGACAUCCGUAUACAACUUUGGAACAUUCCUGAGCUGAGCAAAUCCUUAACUUCGUGCUCCGCCGAAUUAGUUAGACUAAUCUGGCUGCACAAUUGUGAAUAACAAUGGCUUCUGCUUACAACUGGACUUGUUUAGCCUGCCUGGGUUUCCGCCUGCCUAAUAAAACGCGUCCUAGAAAUUUCAAACCUUUUUUCAACAUUGUAGGAAACCGGUUGCAUUAAAAAAUAUUAUCAUUUAUAUUCGGCGUACGCAAAUGUUUUCUUAAUACACCUAAUUCCUUUGGUAUAACCCUCCUCGGUAAUAUACGCAUUCAUCAGACACCGCGUUUUAAGCGCUUAUUGUUAACAUAAAACAAAAAAACAACCAUAGCUUUAUUGUUUUAUCAUCAGUCAUCCCUUGAAACUGGUCGCAAUGCAAUCAAAUUGCAAUGGAAUAAGCACGUUUUCGUUCGAACCUCGCCUUGCCGAGUUUUUCUACAAUUUUCAUCAAUAUUUCGUCUUAAAUUUUUAUAAACGUCUCACUGAAGAGAGAGAGGUAAGAGCAGACACCCAGAUAAGUGAGUUUUUUUGUUUAGAACUUCAUGUUUCACUCGGUUUCUUUGCCUAACGUUAAAUGGAAGGCAAUUCAACCUUUGUGACUCAGUCUGUUAGCUUGAACUUUAAAAAGCAAAGCCGUUUUCGAACCUUUGUCCUUGAGGUUAAGAAUCAUUACCUAAUCGACUUAGAAAUUACAUAUAUUCUCCAUUAACUCCGAUAGAUUCCAGUUUGAACUCUUUCGGCAUUAUAUUGAUCUUUUGUUGAGUACUGCGUCUCUGUUUAAAUAACUAGAUAGGUAUUUUAAUUCAUAUGAAUACCUAGUGACAAUGAUUUGAUCAAAAUUGCACUGACUUCGCCUAAAACUUGGAGGGAAUUUCUUUGACUACAGUAAACAUCCGCUAACAGAAACCUUCUAGCAGAAAUUUGGCACUUUACGUUAAUAACCAAAAAUAUAAGAAUCUGGUUAGCCAAGCAAAAUCAAAUCUGGGUUUCAGGUACAUUAUGAUAAAGAUUUUAACCAGGGAGGUUUAGUUCGAGAUUCCCAAUUGUCUUUGAUAUCACAAGAAAAAACUAUACCAAACUGUAAUUACAAAUAAAAGUAUUACUGUAAUUCCUACAACAAAAACAGAUUUAUGAAAAGUGCAGAUUGUAAUUGUCUUCAUGGACCUUGGAAAUGAGGUUUACAAUGUGCAGUUGUGAAUAAAUACUGUGGGCCAGUUAUUUAAAAGGAGUUUAGGCAGUGUUUAACAAAACCAUGUUUUAAGUCAUUUUCAGUUUGCUGAACGCUUCCAUGUCAACAACAUUUAUCGUGAACUGUUUCAUGAAAGCAUAUAACGUAGACUAGAAAAGCAUUUCUCCUGUUAAAAUAAUCCACAACGUCCUUUAAAUAACCGACCUACAACCCAAAACUAGCAGGUGGCAAUUAGUUAGCUACUGUAUUUACAACGCGUGAUCUGGGAUUCAUACUUGGUGACGACCUUACCUAGUCCCUGUACGGCGUCUUCCCAGGCCUUCUCGGUCACGGCAUUUCGGUGACGUAUCCGAGACGAAAACUCGCUGGGACCACGUGACCCGAAACGCAAAGGCCGACCGAAAACAAAGCCAGCAAGUGGCUCGAGCGGGACUCGAACCCGGACGAUGACUGUCGUACGCGCUCACCACUCGGCCAAGCUGCCGUAUCCACAGAGUCGCUAAUUUCCGAGACUUUUAAUCAGCAUGUUCAGUAACACACCUUCUCGCACUAAAGGAGAACAACAAACUCUUUGUUAUGCAACGCAAUUCUUGAAACGCUACUCCUCACCUAAAAAUCACAUGAACAAACUUUUAAACUUUUGUUUUGCUGCUAGUGUGGGUGCCUCAGAAGAAUUCUAGAGGGAUACUUUGUCGGCCAGAAAGAACAGAAAUUUAUAGAUUGAUGCUUCUUAGGAAACAUUUUGUAAACCGUCGCUAGAAAUUCUCUCUAGAAAGUCUCAUACACCUUGGACUUCCUACUGAGAAUUAGACAGCUUCGACGGGUAACUUGAAUCUCAGUGUAAGAAUCGUAUCACACACCUGUCCUGAAUUGGCCCCACUUUCUCCCUCCCUCCCCAAGAGCCAUCUUUUCUUAUGGCUCCGAGCAUGUCAGCAUUGAAUUCAUCUCAUGAUAAUUUUUACGCUUUUGUUUCGUUAUUUAGGUUGUGCCAGAUCUAAGACAGAAGCUUAACAAAACCGAAGCAAAUCUGGAGGUGGUACAGCAAAAGAGCGGCGAGCUUUCAGUUGAGCUCAACAAAGCUGAAGACCAACACCAUGUUGACGAAGUGUGCAUUGAGAAGUUGCGAAAGGAAAAGAAAGAAUUACUGGAGGGCAUAGCUAAGGCAGAACGCGACAUCAGAGCUGCUGAAGUUGCCCGAGACAAGGCUGAAGAUCAGAUAUCUUCUCUGAAAGACUCAGAGAAAACGCUGAGAGACAAGAAUAAUAAGCUGGAUUCUGAUUUGCUUUCGGCGCAAGACAGGAUUAAAGAGUUGGAGAACGAGUUGAACAGACGGUUGGCUGAACCAGAGCUAAAAACGUAUAACAUCGAUGUUGUGGAGAGUGCCCCGGUUGUGGAAUCUGGUCCGCCCGGCGGGUUUGAUUUUUUUGUAGAUGAUGAGAGCGAGAAGCUGAGGAUUAAAGUGGGAGAACUGAACAAUAAAGUGGAAGAACUGAACGGUAAGUAUUGGCGGUUCACAUAGCGCCUAUCGUACAAGUUAACUCUGAUUGUUUCAUACAGGGUCUUAUUCAUUAAAGUGCACUUAUAUGGGCAAUGUCACGGUUUUGGUUGCUCAUUUUACCCGUACGCGCUCAGCUUGCUGCGCAACAAUUCAGUUGCGGCAGCUUUUUGCAGAAAGUACAGGAGAAAGUACAGGAGGCUUUCACUUUGCAAAUGCAACAUAAUUCCAACCUGACUGAAAAACCAGGGGGGGGGGUACUCCCUAUAAUUACCUAUACGGGGAGGCUCCGCCAGAACGGGGUACCAUUUUCAGGCGUUGAAGUACAUGAAAGGGUCGCGAAAUCUGUCAUCUUGGUCCGUAAAAAGGCCCAAAAGGGCUAACAGCUGAAUUUUACGGCCUUAAAAAGUCGGGAAAACGUUCUGGUUUUGUGUUUGAUUUAUGUUUAAAAGGCAGUGCGUUUAGAGCAGUUGAAAGGGAUGCAAAGUUCUAAACUAGUCGUCAUUAUAAAAUAACUAAGAUAGUACGCGCGUUCUGAUUGGCCGAGAGGAGUGUACGAAUUUAAAAAACUUUUUGAGAUAAAAAAUCGACAAGUUUACUUUAUUUACCCAUUUCCUCGUCGGCUGAAACUUGGAAAAUUGUUGCAAACAAGAUGUGUCUACUCUUUUUUCGCUUAAGCUGACAUUUUUAACGAGAAAAAGACUAAUUAAGCGUGCAAGACUUCGUGUACAAGACUCUGAAGACUUUGCGACUGGCAAGAAUUUUCUUUUGAUCAGUGUCAUAACAAAGAGUUUUGCGUUUUUUCCUCGGGAAAGUUAUUUUAUAAAAACAAUAGAAAACUCUUUUCCUGUGUUUGCAUAGCCUGAUAUAAACACUUUAGGGCAUGGGAGAAUUCUCCAGAGUUAGGCAAACCCGAGACGAAGUCGAGGGUUUGCAUAACUGUCUCGAAUUCUCCCACCCCCUCGAGUGUUUAAAUCAGGCUAUGCAAACACAGGAAAAUGUUUUCUAUUGCAUAAUCAUAAAAUAACUAAAAUAGUACGCGCGCUCUGAUUGGCCGAGAGGCGUGUUUGCUGUACCGUUUGCGUUUUUUUUUGGGAAAGUUAUUUUAUAAAAGCAAUAGAAAACUUUUUUCCCGUACUUGCAUAGCCUGAUAUAAUACCCGAGGGAUGGUGAAAAUUCUCGACAGUUAUGCAAGCUCUCGACUUCGUCUCGGGCUCGCAUAACUUUCUCGAAUUCUCCCAACCCCUCUCGUGUUUAUAUCAGGGCUAUGCAAACACAGAAAACGUUUUCUAUUGCUGAAAUAGAAGGUAUACGAAAGGGGUUCUUUUUUUUGUUAGAGGGAAAGGGGCUGUACAUCAGGGCGGAGUCUUUCCGUAUAAAACUUUGUUCAGUACCUCCCCGGGUGUGAAACAAAGAAACAUUGUUGCGUACAAAAUUCCUUGAGCUGCUGGUAAAGUGGGUGACCAACAAUUUUGCACAAAAAAAGCUCUAUUUCUGGGGGAAAUAAUUCAACCUCGUAGAGAAAGGGGCAAUAAAACAUUUGGAGAGCAUAACACCGCCAGCAAGUUAAAAUGGCUCUUCUAAAAAUUAUGUCUAAACGUGUCCAGAGCUUUGCAGAUGUACAAUCAAAAUGACUAGAGUGUUACAAAAUUUGGCGCGAAAGAUUUUGAUUUAAGACUUCUCAAAUAGUGACCCGCGACCUAAAAAUAUAUUAAAUGGACUAAAAAACUAUCAGCAAGUGAUCAAAUACGGCACCUCUCUUUAAAGACAGCAAGGCAACCGUGUAAAUCGAUUGUUAAGCAACUUCUAACUGGGUAUUUGCAAAGGCGACAUUAUAGAGCAUUGAUCAUUUCCCAUAGACCUAAUGUCUCGGCGAUUUCGGGCUCCAAUUUCAGCCGAAAACUUAUUGCUGCGGGAACUGUGAAAGUAACUUGAUUAUAUGAUUCAUAAGUUUUAUUGUUUCACUUGGAUCUUCAGGAAAUGGCAUAAAAAUCAUCAGAAAUAAUAGGUUUAGGCAUAGUAAAUAUAAAAGUGGUGUCAAUUUGUCAGGAACCUGAAUUGGUUAAGUAAUAACACACCAGCGAGAUUGAAUGAACUAAAAAUUGUGUUAUUGUUGAACAAAUGAAUGAAUGAAUGGAAAUAAAUUGUUGUUUUUACACAGGAGAAAUCCACGACCUUAAGGUUAAACUGGAUAAAGCUUCUCAAGAAGUAAAAAAGUGGGAAAAAAAGUAUGAAGACGAGAAUCAGGAGAAGAUUAAGAUUUCAGCUGUGCUUGAUAACGAGAAGGAAAAUUAUGGACGGCUUUGGAACGACUACAAUGAUCUCAAGAGCCAUCUGGCCAAAGCCGAAAGGAUGAUGGAGCAGGGUAAAAAGGAGAUAGAUAAGAGAGACAGGACGAUAGAGGAACUCAAGGAAAAAAUCAAGCACUUACAGAAUGAGAGAGACCAAAACGAGGAGACUAUUGACAAACUUGAGGCGAAGCUGGAGGAGCUGAGAAGUAACAUGGAACUUAUGGAAGAGAUCACCAUGGAAUACAAGAAGAAGUAUGGUGAUCUUGAUAGCGAUUAUAAAGUCAGUGAAAAAGAGAAAGAAAGUGUGCAGAAGGAUCUUGACGUCGUGAGUCGAAAGAUUUCUGAGCUAGAGAGAAAGCUUGAGCAGUCGGACCAAGAGAAAGGCGAUCUUCUUAAAGAAAAUGAAGACCUCAAGCAAAAGCUAACACGACUAGAAGAUGACUUUGAUUUGACCGUCAAGGAUAAGACAGUGUUCGAGAGUCAAGUUCAAGAUUGGUCGGAUAAGACGAGCAAACAACGAAAGAUGGUUGAAAAUCUUAGAAAGAAGCUGGCAGAAGCCCAGGAGGAAGCAGAAGAAUACAAAAAAGAACUGGCGGAGAAAAACAGUAGGAUUGAUGAGCUCUGCGAUAAAUUGGCAGACCUGAAAUCAAACUACGACAACAGUCAGUCAGACCUGUCGGCAGCAAGAGCAGAAUGCGAUUACAAGGAUGACGAUAUAAAACACCUGAAGAAGAAGCUUGAGGACACAGAGAAAGAAGUAAACAUACUUGACGCUCAGCUAGAGAAGGUAACUAAAGAAAGGGACAAUGCCGAGGUGGAACUAGCAGGUGUUCUUGAAAAGCUCAAACACAUGGAACCAAAACGAGGCAAUGAUAAGAAUAAGCAGGACGAAAAUUCAGUUUCGAUCAGCUUGCCCCCAAUUGACUUUGAAAGCCAUCUAACACCGCUCCGUCAGAGGAUAUAUGAACUCGAAAAUGAAAACAAAAGGCAAAAGGUCGCUGAAGAUCAUCUCUUAAGCGAUCUAAAAAAUAGAGAAGAUGAUAUCGCACGCCUUCAAAGGGAACUCGAUUCCUACAAAACUACUUGCGCUGGCUUGGAAAAAAAAGAGCGUGAAAUGAAGAAGAGAAUGGAGGAUCUUGAGAAGGAGGAGGAUGAACUUACGGAUGCUAACAAUGAACUGAAAGAUGAACUAGAAGAUCUAAGACCCAAAGUCGAGAAGUUACAGAAAGAGGUUGACGCCCUAAAACUUGAGAGGGAUAGGCUUAAGGAAAGUCUGAGCGAUUUCAGUGAAAGACUAACGCAGAGUAAAAAACACGUCACCGACAAAAAUCUGAACCUCUCAGAGCAGAUAAAAGUGAACUCAACUCUUGGAAAGACUGUGAAGAGGCACGAAGAUACUAUGGUAACAUUGGGUCAAAAGUGUAAAGAAUUGGAAGAGGAGUUAGAAAACUUAAGGCCGCAACUGAGGGCUGCAGUAGCCAAAAACGAGACAUUAGAAGCUGAAAACAAAGCCUUGGACUCUCGUUUUAAGGCUCUGAAACGCAAGAUGGAAGAUCUUCAAAAGGAACUGCGAGAAGAAAUCGAAGCAAAGGAGUUGCUUCAACAAGAUGUGGAUUCUUUGUCUUACAAGUUGAACGUUGCUGAGACUAAUAACAAGACGCUUACUAAGCAAAAAAAAGAUUUGCAAAGCCAAGUUGAUGAACUGGAGACAAAGGUGAGAAAGCUCAAACCAGAGCUGGAGCAGACCCGUAACAAGCUCAAAGAAAAAGAUCGCACUAUCAGUCGUCUGGAGUCGGAUAUGAAAGAGAAAGAUGCAAAGCUAAGCGAGGACAAGCGUACGAUCAGCAGUCAGAAAGACAAUAUCACUACCUGCAGAAAAGAUAUUGAGGCGCUAAAGAGUGCAAACGAAAUUAACAGAAAUCGCAUCAAAGAGCUCGAAACCCAACUUAAGGAGAUGGGAAACAACAUGCAAUCUGUGGCGAAUGUGUCCGUGGUGCAGUCAGCACCACCUGUUAGCUUCAGAGAGGAAAGACUCCGUAGCGAUCCUGACGAGAGAGUCCAUGAAUUAGAAACACUCCUUAAGAAGAGCGAGUCUCGCGAGGAGCAACUUAGGGAACAGCUGCGGCUGCACGAAGACCGUCUUCCACGAGCAGAGAAAAAUGCCAAGGAUGCUAAAGAGAGAGAAAUAGAUGUUCAGCACAGCUACAAUACAGCACAAAGAAAGCUAGAAGAACUCAAAAAGAUGCUGGAGAGAUCCAAUCGAGAGAAAGAGGACGCAAAAAUGGAGUUAGGGCAAGCUCGAACGCAGAUAACACGUUUAGAAUGCAAGUGCGUUGAGGACGAUAAUGAAAUUAAGUCAUUAGAGAGUCAGCUUGAGCAGGCCCACCGAUAUCUGGAGGACAAACAAGAACAGUUGCUUACUCUUGACGAGGACCACGUACGACUUAGAGUGACAUGUGAUUCUUAUGACAAAGAAAGGGACGCUCGUAACGCUACUUUUCAAAGACUGCAAGACAAGAAGACCGAUCUGGAGAAGAGGUGUGAUUUCCUAAUGUCAGAUUUGAAAUCAACUCAAGAAAACUGCGACACGUUGAAGGAAGAAAAGGCAAGGUUGCAAGAAGAGUUAAGCGAGCUCAAACGUACAACUCUUGUUGACUUAAAACGAAAUCUCACUCGGAUGCAGGGAGAGCGAGAUCGAGCUUUAGAAGAGCUCAAUUCAGCGAACAGAAAUCUGGAAGACAUCGAGGCUCAGUUAGCUGAAUCACAGGCGAGGAGAAAAGAUAUAGAAAAGGAAAACGAUGAGUUAGAAGACGAGAUAAGACAGCUGAAGAACGAAAACGAAAGCAGGAGGAAAAAGAUUGAGGAUCUAGAGGAUAAAAUCGAAGUAUUAAACCUCGAACUCCAGCGCGAUGAAAAGGACAUAGAUGAAUUGAAAGAAACAAAGAACAAGUAUGAGGACGAAAUUGCAGACCUUAAGGUGAAACUCGCAGAGAAGCACGACGUUAUUGAGAUUUCACCUAUGAAUGUGGCAACCGUUGACACGCAGUAUGCAGCAGCACCAGGGUUCGAUUUUGGCGCCGAUCCAGACGCACUCAGCAACCUUGAAGAUGAGAACCUUGGCCUCAAAGAGAAGCUGAAGAGAAAGAAAAUGAAAAAGGCAGUUUUGAGCGACCAGCUUAACGACUACAGAAACAAGCUGGGAGAUGCGGAGGGUAAGAACGAUCGUCUUGAAACAAAACUUAGAGAGACAGAGGACCGCAAUAAAGAGUUAGAAAAGUCGUUGCCUGAAACAAUAGAGGAACUAAAUCAGGUGAACGAUAAGUGUCAGUCCUUAGAAAAUGAGCUAAAGCAUCUGAAGAAUGAUUUGCAAGCUGCCCAAGACGAUUUAGGUACUGCAGAGGCACAGCAAGCUGCUGCAUUGGCCAAAGUGAAGUCGUUAAAGCGAGACCUUGAUGAAAAGCAACGUGAAUUGCUUGAUAAAAACGACGACAUUAUUGAAAAACAAAGAAAAAUCAACGAACUCUAUGCCAUUAUAGAGGGUGGCCAUAACGAUUCUGAUAGCCUAAAGCAAGUCAUUGAGGAGCUGAGAGAAGAUGUUAACACUAAGGACAGAGAGAACAACAAGUUGCAAGAGGAUCUUCGUUCCACUCAAACGAAUGUUACUAAACUGCAAGAAAAUCUCGAAGAAAUGAAAAUCAAGCUGGAAUCUACAGAAGACGACCUAGAGGAGUACAAAAUGGAACUGGAGAGAAUGCACGGCGACAUUGUAAUGCGUGAUCAAGAGCUGGAAGACCUUCAAAGAAAUCUAGGUGGAAUGCUAAAGUCUGCAAAGGAUGAAAAAGAAGCUAUUAACAAGAAACUCAAGGAGGCUAAAGAGAGUCUUAAGGCUGCCAAUGACGAAAAGAAGAUUCUCGAAUUCAAUAAUGCCGAACUUGAAAGAAUAUGUGAGCAACUGAGAAAGGAAUCAAAAGCCAAAAACACUUUGGUUAACACAGGAUCUGGGGUCAGUGAGGAUCAUCUAAAUGAUCUAAGAAAUAAACUCUCGGAAUAUCGACAAAAAUAUCAGACCGUCUGUAACGAAAAGAUGAAACUAGAGCUCGAACUUCGGGAUAAAGAUGUGAAAAUUUCACAAGUAGCUGGACCGUCCGAUUCAUUGCGAGAAGAGCGAGAUCGUCUGAAAGACGAGGUUAUCAAUCUGCAGGCCACAAUCAAAGACAUUAAGAAGAAAAGCCAGAAAGCUCAAAGAGAUGCUGAAGACCUUCGGAGAGUUCUAGUCUCUAAAGAUAACGAGAUUCAGCGUUUAGAAGAUAAAAUCCGAAAAUUGGAAGACGAGAAAGAAAAAUUAAAGAAAGACUACGUCAACUUGGAGAAGAAGAUCUCUGAAUUAAAGGUCGAGCACGAGAAACUGAAAUAUGAAAAGAAUAAAGCGGAAAACGACCUGUCGCUAAUGAAAAAGAAAUUCGAGGCUCUGCAAAAUCAGCUAAACUCGGUGGACGUUCCUAAACAACUCCAGGAUGUAGUGAGCAGGAAGAAAUAUCAAGAACUGGAGGCAAGUUGCCAGGACGCGCUUCGCGAGAAGGAGAAAGCAAAGAGCGACAUGUCAGCUUAUCGCACCAAGUUGGCAAGACUAGAAACCGAGUUAAACGAGCAGAAGAGAGAAAAAGAUGUCCUGAAUGACGAGGUUAAUCGGUUGAAAAACAGCGAAUCUGAGCUGAAAAACAAGCUCCAAGCUUCUCGAGAUAGACACAAGGAAGACAAAGACAAAUGGCUUGAGUGGCGUAAGGAAAAUUACGCCCAACUGAAUAAGGAACUUCAGAGGGCCAACAGUGAGAUCAAAAGGCUCGAGAAAACCAAGACAGCACAGGCAAACGAAAUAGACGACUUAAAGGAUGAAAUUGCUGAUCUUAAUAAGAGAAUUUCCGAGCUAGAGGAAGAGGAUUACACUGAUGCUGCUCCUCUGCACUCAGUCAACAUUGACAUUGGGGGAGACUCGAAGGCACUCCAGGAUGCCCUCGACGAAAAAGCUGAAGCUCUGAAAGAACUCCAAAGGUUAAAAAGCAAAGUUUUGACCCUCGAACACGAUAUGGAUAUUCUCAGAACAAGAGAGGAGCAGGAAAGGACGAUGGUGAGCGAAGUGACCAACAUGAACGAUAAACUCAAGGAGGAGUUGCGACAGCUCAAAAAAGGAAACCAUGAUCAACAAGGAUCUCAGGGCAAGCUCCUAGAAGAGAUUAAGGAUCUCGUCCACCAGGUUAACACUUUGAAAGAAGACAAGGAUGAGUUUGAGAAGGACAUUGAAGAGCUAAGGGAUGAGUUGCACAACGUGAAGGCUGAAAAUCGAAAAUUAACGACGGAGAACAAGGAACUCAAGCUCGAACUGCAACAGCUAGAGGUCAAACUGCAUGAACUAGAGAUUGGACACAAGCUAGCCACAGACGAUUACGAGAAGAUCCGUAACGAGUUGUUAAAUGCUCAAAACGAGAAUACUGAUCUAAAAGACAGCCUCAGUAGACAGAUUGACAUCAUUCCUGUGCAGACAGUAUCUGAGGUAGAGAGUGCUCUCCCGAUGAGUUUCGAUGAUGACGUGGAUGGAGUAAAGAGAGACAACGAUUCGCUGAAAAUAGAGAUAGAUGCCGCGAAGGAACAGGUCGGAAUGUUGAAUAAGGAGCUUGAAGACUUCCAGAACACUAAUAGCAGGCUUCAAGAUGACUUGUCAAAGGCUAGACAAAGACUCAAAGAAGAAGAGGCAGAAAUUGAGAAGCUGGACGCAGAGCGGGACCACCUUCAUCAUGAAAUUCAGAUCGCAAACCAAAACAAUGAUCACCUACGUGACGAGAUGGACAACCUCCAGGACCAAAAGGACAAACUUCAGACAGAGAACGACGAACUUAAAGACGAAAACAAGGAUCUAGAGCAAAGGUUGCAGAAACUUAACAAGGAGAAAGCAGAUCUGGAAAGAGAACUGAAGAGAGCCAGUGAUGUUGGUAUUACGAAGAGAAGACCAUCUCGAGACUUUCAAAAUGAGAGAGAAAGGAAGAUAAGAGAAUUGGCAGAAAAGGUCGCUGAGCAAGAAAGAAAAAUUCAAAGAGAAGAGAGCCAGCUAUCAUCACUGAAAGACGAAAAUGACGACUUGCUGGAAAAGAACAGAGAUCUGCGCAAUGAAAACAAAGAUUUACACGCCAGGGUAACACAACUGGAAAAUGAAGUCAAGAUUGAAAACAAAAAAAUUGAGGACCUUGAAAAAGAGAUUCAAGAACUGGAAGAUAUGGUGGGAAGCGGAAAGGGAGGAAUGGAUCCAGAGAAAGAGAAACAACUAAUUAGAGAGAACAAUGCCUUGAGUGAGAGGAACAAGAAACUUCAGAAAAACCUGGACGACGCCAAGAAAGAGAUUCUUGACUUGAAGGAGCAACUGGAUGAGUACAAUAAUAGGUUUGAAGAUAAUAACAAGCAGUUAGCCGUGCAGAUUACGGCACUUUAUGGAGGUCACAGCGAAUUAUACAAAAAAGAAAUCGAGGAAAAAGAUGCGAAAAUUGAAGACCUUCAAAAGGAUAAGAUGGACGCUCAAAUGCAGCUAGAACGUUUGAAAGAAGAAUAUGAUGCCGCCAAAUCCACCCUUGCUGACUUUCAGAAGAAGAAUGACGAACUACAGAAGGAGAUCAAAUCAUUACGAGACGAUAAGAACAGGCUGGAUAAUAAGUUGCUAGAAGAGAUGAACUACAACAAGGUAAAAACAGCUGAGCUAGAGGCCGAGAUAGAAAUUCUGAAGAACAAGAUUAAAGACAAAGAUGACCUCAUUAAAAAGAAUGAAAAACAGAUGCAGCAACUGCGGGACCAGCUGGCGACCUCAGUACCUAGUGACCAGGCCUCCACCACCCUAAUUCUGGAUCGGAAGGGUUCAAGACCGCGGGAAUACAAAAUGAUGUUGAGUUACCAAGACGGACUAAUGAACAGACCUGGAUCAAACCGCUCUUCAAGCGAAAGCAGCCUACCAAACGGUGAUGUAUCGGGAUCAAGUGACCUUGAGCACUCUGAGCUGGGAGAAAAACUAGGAAGAGAGAUCUCGCGUGGCCGAGGAAAGAGGAGCAGUGAACAUAAAGAUCACGUUGGUGAAAAAAUAGAUGUCGUAGAGAGUAGGCCUGUGGAGUCCGAGCGUGAUUAUGACUCUGUGUUCCGAAGCAGCACUCCAGUGGAAGAGGAACAAGGGACAAGGCGUGGAAGGAGAGAGUCUGACCGCUAUGGAUCUGAUCGGGACCGCUACAGUACUCGAGACAAAGACAGAGCAAAUGAAAGCUCCAAUGACAGAGAAUCCGAGAGGCCCAGUUAUCGGGACCGAGAGCGACGUUCAACAGACCGUGGAAAGGAACGUAACCGUGCUGAAUGCCAGCAAAGCUAGAUCCCUAAAGCAGCUACAAGAAAGAACAAUUUGCUUACCCUUUACUAGCAUAGACAUUUACCUUAUUGAUCAUUAGAACAAGUGCAUGCAACAGUUAUAAGAAACGUUUAAGUGCCGAAUUAUUUAGGGGCAGGGCUGAGUACCAAUAUGCUAUCAAGUGAAAUCUAACCCUUACUACACAUAGCCUCAGAGAGUUGAAUGCUGGCUUUAUUAUAAACAGUGGCCUGAAAGCCGAGGGAUUUGUCUGCUUCGGGUAUAGCGUGAAGUUCGUAUUCAUUAUUCAUUUGCUAUUUUGCUUACUUUAUGUACUGCCAGUACUAUAACGUUGGAUAACUUUGAUGCAACUUUUCAAACAAAUUCAGAAAUAAUCUAAAACAAAAUCCAGCAUUUAAUAGAGAUUUAAAAUAGUAAAGGAGUCUCUUCCUUUACAAGCCAAUUAGCGUCAAUUUUUCUAACGGCCAGAACGGACCAAUCAGCGUUCGAGUUAGAUUUUGCAGCGUCCUUUUUUUUAAGCGCGACGUUAUCCAUAGUGCACCAGUUCAGCUGCACUCCUUUACUGACUAGUUAGAUAAGUUAAAUAUUUUUCGCAUGAACUUGAAUAUCAAGAAAGGAAAACGACGUUUGAGGCGGGCAUUUGUCCCUAUUUUGAAAUCUUGCAACUAGAUCCAAUAGUUUGUCAGAAAAAUCGUAGAUGUAGAUUAUCGUUUAUGAUAUCAAUAUCCCUAUUCUUUCUUAAGUUUACUUACAGUGAAUUUGUUGGCAAGAAACAAUAAAACUAUAACCGAAUUUUCUACAUGUAAUCCCAGCUGGAGCAAAUUCAUAGGCGAGGAAGG